UUGAGUUUUUUCCCCCUCUCUCUCCCUGCCAAGGGUUUAAAUAUGAAGACUCUGGUAAGUUAAGGGAGACGAAGCAUUGACAACCCUUGACGAGGGGCGCACAGAGAGUUAGAGGCUCAACGACGCUUUAGGGACAAUGAGUCCGGCUGCUUUGAUGAGUCUCAUCAUCAUCGCUGGGGUAGUGGUUCAUUGUGAAUCACACCCCGGGCCACUUGACCAAGCUGAACGCCGCCAGGAGAUUGUGGGACUCGCUUCGAAGGAUGAACCCAGCUCGGAAGGACGAGAGAAUAUUAUGAGUUUCUUGACUGCCCUGGAACAGUCACGGAAGAACGCCAGUGGCAGAAUUCGGUCCCAGCUAGCACGAAGCAGAGCCAAUGGGAAAAGAGCUGACAAAAAAGGUGACACGGAAGUUGUAGAAGAGUUUCCAGAUGGUACUUUUCCUGCUAACAAUGAAAAGGAAAUGAAAGAUGAAUCACUUGCUCCAAGUCCUUUGAAAGAGAAAGAUCCCAAGAAAACAAAGAAGCAAGCUGGGAAGAAGUCAAACAAGAGAGCUUGUUUUUGGAAGUAUUGCAACUGAGAACAUGAGACCAGCUGCAUCUCGGAUGGACCCAGAAGGCAACCUAGGAACUUAACAACCUAGGAACUUAAAAUAUUUGAUGGAAAGUUUCACCGUUUAAACUUUCAACACUAUCCUGACAGAAUAAAAGUCUAAUCAGA